GUCUGUCGGGGGGUUUAUUCAUUGGCCUUUUUGUCUCCAACUCCCUGAUGGAAGCCACUGCCGGCUCCUCGCUCUGCUUCCCUAACCUCAACUCUUCCUGCAGACGCCUGCUGCGACCACAGUCUGAGACCAAUCUGCUCUACACCCUGGUUGCCUUCGUCUCUCUGAUCACUGUUACUCUCAAUUUGAUUGUCAUCUUCUCCAUCUCCCACUUUCGGCAGCUCCAGACUCCAACCAACAACCUGUUGCUGUCUCUGGCGGUGUGUGACCUGCUAGUGGGGCUGCUGGUGAUGCCUGUUGAAGGCCUGCAUCACAUAGAAACAUGCUGGCUGCUGGGGAGGCUGAUGUGUGCUAUGAGUCCGUAUCUUUUUUACUGUCUCAUCUCAACCUCCUUGGGCCACAUGGUGCUCAUAUCCAUUGUCCGUUACCUGACUAUCUGUGACCCACUGCAACACUGCUCCAAGAUCACCAUGACUAAUGUCAAUAUCUGUAUCUUUGUCUGCUGGGCCUCUUCACUUCUAUACAAUGGCUUAAUUCUAAUGGAGCACAUGGGGAACCCUGACAAAUUCAGCUCCUGCCAUGGGGAGUGUGUGGUGGUCGUCAGCUACAUCCCGGGAACCAUUGACCUCUUUGUGAGCUUUGUUGCACCCUGUACUGUCAUGGUGGUGCUGUACAUGAAAGUGUUUGUUGUAGCAGUUACGCAGGUUCGUGUCAUUCAGUCACAGAGUGUUUCUACUAAUGUCGAAGCCGCUUCAACCGCUAGAACAUCACAGAGGAAGGCAGCCAGGACUCUGGGGAUUCUGGUAGUUGUGUUUCUCAUGUGUUUCUGCCCAUUUUUCUAUCCCACUCUUGCAGGUGUGGAGAGUCCUAUAAGCAUGUACUGCUAUUCCAUAUUAUCCUGGAUAAUGCUGUUAAACUCCUGCCUGAACCCCCUCAUAUACGCUCUGUUUUACCCCUGGUUUAGAAAAGCCGUCAAAGUCAUCUUCAUGCUCAGAAUAUUACAGGCUCACUCCAGGGACGUCACGGUCAUGUAAACACCUGGAUGUAUGAGGGACUGGUCCUUUUUAGGUGUUUCACUUUUGAUCUGUUCCAUAGCAUCAUGUCCUCACAG